AUGGAAACUCCGACCGAGGGCGGGAGAAAGGCGAACAGAGCUGGUACACCGCCGCUUCCGCCUACUCGAGCACCAGCAACAUCACGUCCGUUUGUGCGUCAAUCUGCGAGAGAUGAUGUAUUCGGUGCCGUCCGUCUGCCUAUGCCACACACAACACCUAUCAUGCCGGAUGAUUCGUCUGAGCUUCUACCUAUGGAUCAAGACAACGACUCAAGGAUAUCUCCAGUUAUGGCACCAAUUCCUCGACUAUCACCACGACGACAAGCACCCCCAGCGCCAAUGCGCGAUUUCUCCAUGACAGACUCCGAAGCCGAAUACCCACCCUCGCCGAAGAAGAGUCCUCAAAAACAAGCCCGAGAUACCAGCAAUGCCAGCAUAGAAUAUCCGCCUUCACCACGAAAAAGUCCACAGAAGAAAGACUUCGACACCCUCUUCAAACAGCCUCCCAGGCCUGAGCCCAGCAGAGCAGAGAGCAGCCGUACAGGCGCGGCAAGACGCCUUCAAUUCACAGCAGCACAAUCUCAGACUACACCCAGCAUUCUCGAUUCCUCAUCUCUACUGGAAUCCAAUGUAACAUUCGAACUCGCAAAUGACACCGAACCAGACACUUCCGAAAUCGAAGCCUCAUUCGAACUCCCAAAACGCAGAUCUGCAGUUGCUGCAAACAGAAAACUCGCACAAGCCACACAAGCCGCACGCACUCUACGACGGAAACCGAAAAUGGUUAUUCCAGAAGCAUCAACACCACUACCCAUCCCUGUACCUCGACUAGCCAAAUCUCGCAAAGCGUCACCUGUGACUAGGAAGUCUACACCCCAGCGACCAAUCUCGCCACCAAGUUCUUCGUUCGUUGCUUUGCCAUCUGCAGAGAAGGAGAAUCGCAGCGUGGUUCUAGCGCCAGUGGAAGCUUUGCAGGAUAAGAUUCGCAAGUCUGACACUCAGGUGCGGAAUGAGAGGUUGGAGAGAAAGCUCUGGAAGCUUUGUGGUGGGGAUGUGGCAAGGUGGAAUAGAGGUGACUUUGGAGGGUACUUUGAGGUCAAGGGAGCGAGGUGGUGA